UGAAUGCCUUGCUCUAUCUUGCUCAGCCUCCCUCGUUACACAAUCCUUCUUACACCUGAUUGUCACUCUUUCCUCAAAGUCAACACAGUCGCUCUUUUCUUCGCCUUUUGAUAUUCUUUGCCUAGGUGCCCUCACUCUACCUUAGCUUCUCCAACUCUUAACCAGCCCAUUCUGCACAAACACGUCACUCGUUGGUGCACUGUCCGCUGGCCGGCCUUCACUUGGUGACCCUUUCCAACCUCCAUUAACCCAGACACCGACCGUCAAAGAACUAUAGAAGGCAGCCUCGGAUCACAAGUGCGAAUAAUCGGCCACCCUUGCAUACACUCAAGUCUGCGACACGACCUGGAAGAAAGCCUAAUUCAAACGAAUCGUCCUUAUUUCAUGAUCAAAUAUGGCUCACUAUUUACUUCCCCGCGACAUUAUCAACGAUGUGCAGUCCGCCCCCGAGACGUUCAGCAGCUGGGAUAAAUGCAUGGAAAAGGCUUAUUGCAAGUGGCCUGCGAUCAUAGGAAUCGUGGUUGGUUCACUCAUUCUCCUCUCCGUUAUCUGGUGUUUCGCUCGAUGCCUUUGCUGCGGUGCCGAACUCUGCGGAUGCUGCUGUCGUUGCUGUCCUUCCGGCGGCAGACGCGACCGGUCCAAGUUCAAAGACGACUAUUCUCGAAUGCCUCCCACUCCGUACGGCGGCUACCAACCUCCUCCAGCACCCAUGGCAUAUGCUGCAAACCCCAACACUCCACAGUUCGCUACAUUUGAGGAACCCAACAAAAAGAUCAAUGAAGACAGUCUUCCACCCAUGCCCAGCUGGGACACCGCUGUCAAGAGACGGGUAGAGGACCAGAGUGAGCCUCUCAACCCAAGCAAGGAAGGAGACUUGGAAAUGGGGAGACUCGCGUCACAGCAACAGAGGAUGAGAGGUGGCUACAACAGCGUACCUAAUGGCCCAAUGUCGCCUGUAGCACCACAUCCGCAAGGCGAAUACUUUGACAACAACCAAUCCUCCAACUCCGACCUUGGGGAUCAACGAAUGUAUUCCCAUGGACACAACAACUUCCAGUCCGUUCCCUUAAGUCCCCCGCCAACUUACAGAUCACAUUCAAAUGCACCAUCCAUCACGUCUGAUAGGUUCAUGGCCAUGGCGGCCAGUCCAAAUACGUCAGAAUUCAACCACCAGCCCUAUCCAUCCCAUCAACCAUCAUCAUAUGCUCCGAGUGGCAUCAGCACACGAUACGAGGCUCCGACAGAUUAUCCUCCAAGCCGAAUCAGUAUGCCAGAUCCGUACAAUGGACAGCAGCAAUAUCAGGCAAGACCGCCUAGUUUCCUGCAAGUUGGCAGAAAACCUAUUAACGGGAGCAUGAGAGAAAUUUGAGUUGAUGAUCGAUCAUUAUAUGCCAAUCUCGACUUGUUUGUAUAUUGUUGUAUUAGCUAUCAUGACACCAGCCGUGACUGUUGGAUUCUCGCGGAACAGCUGCAAAAAGCAGCGAGCCUUGUAUGAAUUUCGGAAGGCACACAGGAGCGAAAACAAAAUGAGACGAGUCAUGAAAUACCCUGUGAACCCGCACUUUGUCGACUUGAAGCUGCUUUUAAGUCAACGUCCAAUCUCUGUUAUAUCAUCUGUAAGGAUUUCAUACUGUAUAGAGUCUUUUAAGUGAUGCUCGAAGCAACAAG